GUAGCAACAGCAGCAGUGCAUUCCAUUAGAAAUGUGGCGAAUUUGUAUCUUCUAUUUUCACUGACCCAAAUGGAUUUGGGCUUGAAAUGGGCGAGAACAAAAUUUUCUGCGUUAAUUGUUUGAAGGAUGUUGAUGCCGAUACGCAUCAGAACUGCACUUUGACUAUUUACGACUGGCUGGCUGCAGAGGAAAGAGAUGACGCAGAAAACUUUCAGCAAAAUCAAGCGGAAUUAAAUAUGCAACAGCAGCGAGUGCACAAUUCCCGUGUAUUGAAAAGUGGAAAUGGGACUAAAAAUUUAUCGAAAAGAAGAUCUGAUUGUGCCAGUUCCGAAGCAGCCAUUCAGCCUCCAAUGAAGGUAAUCUGCAAUAACAGAAAUUCGAUAAAUAUUCGGAUUUUGGGAGCUCACAAUCCCAGAAAUCAACAUCCACAGAUCGUUGAAGACGGAAAUAAUAUUUUACGACAUGAGGAAGACUCUGAAUUACACCAUGAUCCCGUUCAAAUGUGUUAUUCAGAAGCUGCUCCGAUGUCGCAUCUACAAUUGGAUCCUGUGUCUCCUGAUGCUACGGACAGCGAGCAGAGGACUGGGCCAACAGCAUUUGAAAGUAUGAUGCAGCAAGAAAAUGAAUUUCAAAAUAUCCAACCACGGAAUAAUGAAAGUAACAAAUUUUAUCAGGAAUAUACUCAAUUCAAUGACGGACAAAACUUUGUAGGAAAUAAUUUACAGACAAUCACUAAUUCAGAUUUUCCAGCUGAUUUCCGCGAACCAGUUCUGCACAUGAAAAUGAAUAUAUUCGAGGCUAUAAGACAUCAGCAUGACUAUACAACAUUAGAAAAUCAGUACAUUUCACAUGAGCCACAUCCAAGUAUAACGAAUUCGUAUAUUAUUACUCCUGUGGAAAACUAUCCUGAAACCCUGAACACUUUACCAAGUGGCUCGGAAAAUACGGUUGCUUUAAACUAUGUUACGCGAGAUCAAGUAAUGGAAAAUAAAGAAACGGCCGUCGUUGAUCAAAAUGAUUGUUUGUCGACAAAUCUAGUUUCCCUGACAGAAAUGCAAAUUGAAAACAAGGAGGUAUACAGUAAAAUAGAGCAUAAUCUUUUAUUAAAGACUUGUUCCAGAAGUAUUCAACAAAAAACUGUAAAGGAACGUACUCUUCAGAAAAUCCCAGAAAAGACAGCAUAUCAGAAAAAUGUGGUGAGGUGUACACCCAAAAAGCAUGUUGAGAAGAUUAUGCAACUAGGAAAGGAUUCAGGGAAAAGUGUACAACAAAAGAAGGUAUUCGAGAAUAGUAUGCUACAAAAGAAUCCAGAGAAAGGUAUACAACAAGAAAAUGUGUUUGAGAAGAAUAUGCAACAGGGGAAAGAUUCAGAGAAGGGUAUACAACAAGAGAAGGGAUCCGAGAAAAGUAUGCAACAGAGGAAAGAUUCAGAGAAGGGUAUACAACAAGAGAAAGGAUCCGAGAAAAGUAUGCAACAGGGGGAAGAUUCAGAGAAGAGUAUACAACAAGAGAAAGGAUCCGAGAAAAGUAUGCAACAGGGGGAAGAUUCAGAGAAGGGUAUACAACAAGAGAAGGGAUCCGAGAAAAGUAUGCAACAGGGGAAAGAUUCAGAGAAGGGUAUACAACAAGAGAAGGGAUCCGAGAAAAGUAUGCAACAGGGGAAAGAUUCAGAGAAGGGUAUACAACAAGAGAAGGGAUCCGAGAAAAGUAUGCAACAGGGGAAAGAUUCAGAGAAGGGUAUACAACAAGAGAAGGGAUCCGAGAAAAGUAUGCAACAGGGGAAAGAUUCAGAGAAGGGCAUAGAAGAAGAGAAGGGAUCCGAGAAAAGUAUGCAACAAUGGAAACAUCCUGAGAAAGACGUACAACAAAAGAAGGGACCCGACAAGGAUAUGCAACAGAAGGAUUCAGAGAAGAGUGCAUACAUGAAAAAGAAAACAGAGAAAAGCGAGAAACAGAAACAGGAUACAGAGACAAGCAGGCAAGAGAAUGAUUCAGACGCUGGUACGCAACAAGACGAUGGUGGAAGAUUUACAGGAGAAGGCUACAAAUCGAUUCAUGAAUUUAUCGAAGCAUUAAAUAAUGGUACACUAUAUAAAAGAUUUUAAAAAUCAUGUCAUAUGGAUUUUAA